UUCCUGUAUUUAAAAGUGGCUGUUUGGACUCUCAACAAUAGCCAAAAUGUGGAAAGAGCCUAAAUGUCCAUCAACUGAUGAAUGGAUAAAGAAAUUGUGGCUUAUAUACACAAUGGAGUACUACGUGGCAAUGAGAAAGAAUGAAAUAUGGCCCUUUGUAGCCACGUGGAUGGAACUGGAGAGUGUGAUGCUAAGUGAAAUAAGCCAUACAGAGAAAGACAGAUACCAUAUGUUUUCACUCUUAUGUGGAUCCUGAGAAAGUUAACAGAAACCAAUGGGGGAGGGGAAGAAAAAAAAAAAAGAGGUUAGAGUGGGAGAGAGACAAAGCAUAAGAGACUCUUAAAAACUGAGAACAAACUGAGGGUUGAUGGGGGGGUGGGAGGGAGGGGAGGGUAGGUGAUGGGUAUUGAAGAGGGCAUCUUUUAGGAUGAGCACUGGGUGUUGUAUGGAAACCAAUUUGACAAUAUAUUUCAUAUAUUAAAAAAAUAAAUAAAUAAAAGUGGCUGUUUGGUAUCUCCAGUGUAGCUGUACUGUAAUUUAAUUAAUUCCGUAUUGAUGAGAAUUUGUGUUUCUGGUUUUGUAGUGAACAUCUUUGUGUGUGUGUGUGUGUGUGUGUGUGUGUAUACACACAUAUAUAUUUAAUGUUUAUUUUUGAGAGAUAGAGACGAGUGCGAGUGUGGAAGGGGCAGACACACACACACACACACACACACACACACACACACACAGAAUCCAAAGUAGGCUCCAGGCUCCGAGCUGUCAGCAUAGAGCCCAAUUCUGGGCUCGAACUCACAGACUGUGAGAUCAUGACCUGAAGUGAAGUCGGACGCUUAACCGACUGAGCCACCCAGGCGUCCCCUUUGUAUAUAUUUUUAUACAGUUGUGCAUAGGGUAAAUAUCUAGAUGUGCAAAAUUGCUGGGUCAAGUGGAAAACAUUUAAAAUGUCUCAGAAAAGAUUGCUUACAUUUGAAGUGUCUUCAGUGUCUUUUUAAAAUAGCCCAAGGGCGCCUGGGUGGCUCAGUCAGUUAGUUAAGCCUCUGACUUGGGCUCAGUUCAUGAUCUCAGGGUUCAUGGGUUCAAGCCCCGUGUCGAGCUCUCUGCUGUCAGCACAGAGUCCACUUCGGAUCCUCUUGUUCCUCCCCGCCCCCCCACCUCGCAUUUCCCCCACCGGUGUGCAUGCUCUCUCUCUCUCUCUCUCAAAAAUAAAUAAACAUUAAAAAAAGUUUUUUUUUAAUAGCCUAGAUAGGGGCGCCUGGGUGGCUCAGUUGGUUAAGCGCCCAACUCUCAAUUUUGGCUCAGGUCAUGAUCUCAUGGUUUGUAGGUUUAAGCCCUGUGUCAGGCUCUGUGCUGAUAGCAUGGAGCCUGUGUGAGAUUCUCUGUCCCUCUCUCUUUGCGCCCCCCCCCCCCCCAAUAAAUGAACAUUAAAAAAAAUAGCCUAGAUAAUACUGAGCUUAACUUUUUUCCCUGUCUUAUUGGUAAAAAGCGUAUUUCAGAGUUUAAACUGAAUAUUUCACUAUUAAUGAGAUUCAAUAUAUUUUCCCUAUGUUUAUUGUCUAGUAAUUCCUCUUUGGUCCAUUCAUGCCCUUUGCUCAGGAUUUUCUUUUCAGCUUCUUGUCUUUGUUGGGGGAGGGGGUUUGUAAGAGAAGUUUUUAUGAUUUAAAUCUCUGAUCAAACAGGAAUAUUUUGUAAAUACGUACAUUGAGGUUUGGAGAAACCGUUGAUAUCACCCAGCAUGAACACCACAGAAAGGUAGAGCUUUGUGAUUUAAAAUUUAUUGCAUUUCUGGGGGUAGAUGAACCAAAUAACAGUAACCAGUUCCAGCUCUGCUCAACCUAGAGUCCUGAUAGUGGAUGGAGGAGGAAGUAGAUGCUUAUCAAACUUAAAUAUCUCCCAGGAAUGUCAGUUUUACUUAGGACUUUGGGGCUAGACAACGAGUUUUUAUGUUAAAAUAACUUAGGGAAACAACCUAAAAUUUAUAUGAACUUUAAAGUUAGGACGUGAGACUUCAGAAAUAAUUUAUGUAUGUAAUGUUUAUAUCUCUAAGAUCCCUAAAUUUCUCAGCUGUUAAGUGUACUUUAGGAGAAAAAUGUGAGGAUACAGGUGCUCAUGGAAUUUUUUUUUAAGUUUAUUUAUUUUGAGAGACAGAGCAAGCAAGAAGGGGUGGGCAGAGAGGAGAGAGAUCAUUCCAAGCAGGCUCUGGGGCUCGAACUCAAGAACCGUGAGAUCAUGACCUAAGCCGCGAUCAAGAGUCACACACUCAAUGGACUGAGCCACCCAGGUGCCCCAAAUGCUUAUGGAAUUUAACAGUGGUCACUGUGCACUGGAACAUAAUAAAACAGCAUUUAAAAAAAUGUUUUUACCGUGAUCCAUCAUGAUGGAUUUUACAUUGCAGUUCAGCAUCUAUGCACAGUCCUAUAAUAAACACAAAUUUUAUGAAAUGUUUAUUUUUACAACUUAUGACCCAUUCUAAUAUUUAUUUCAUUAAAAAAAAAUCUGAUCUUAAUCUACUUAGUUGAUUUCCAUUUGGUUGUGGCUUGCAGUCUGAAACUGCUUAGUGUGUUACUUGUUAUCUUAUUUGAAGUCAUCCUGAGGUGCUGUGGAGUUCAGCCUGGUCUUGUUCAGCUGCUCAUUACCUGUGUGACCUCAGGUAGGUUACUUCGUCUCUCAGUGACACACUUUCCUCAAACAAGGGGAUACUAGAAGCUGUACUCUCUCAUAGGGUGGUUGUGAAGUUUAGAUGAGAGAAUGUAGGCACACCCAGGCAUAUACAGCUGUCAAUGGUGAACUGCUGUUGUAAAUUCCAGAAUGGAAGGAUUUAAACUCAGGAGUACGCCUCCCUUGCCGCAUCUCCUUUCAAAGAAAAAAAAAAAGUCCCGCUGAGUUUUUAUUAAAAUUUAUAGUAAAGUAACCUUAAACAUUUAUUAUUGGAAGAAAAGAACAAGUAUUUCAAAGUAUUCAGUUACUGAAAAGAGAAUCUGAGGCUUGUUGAAUUCCCUUUAUCUAUGUUCCCCCUUUCUUAGUUUCCUCAUUUUUGUCCUCUAAGUCUGACGAAGAAAAAAAAUGAAACAUACCUUCAGACUAACCCCCAGAUAACUAUUGACAUUAAAAUAAAAAGGUAGUGUAUGCAUAUGUGUAGACAAUGCAAAUAGUGAGGAAAGCAAUAAUGUAAUACAAACUAAAAGCUUUCCCCUGUCCCUCUACUGUUACCAGUUUCUAUUUAUCUUUGUCCUGGUGCUUCUGUACAUGUUUGGUUGUAUUUGCUUUUUCAAAAAUGUAUGCAGUGUUCAAUAACUUGCCUUUUAAAAUGGCUUCAGAGGCUUUGUCAGUAUCAAAAAUAUAUUACUGUUUCAUUCUUUUCAGCCAUUCUAGAAUGCUUAACUAGAGUGGAGGUGCUGGAAUUAUUUAAUCAGUCCACUGAUUGUUGGAUUGUUCUAUGGUUGGAUAUUUGUUUCCAGUUUUUUCUUAAUUUUUUUUUUUGGUGGGGGGUGGGUGGAAAUACCAAAUCAGAAAAGCUGAAAGGAUAGUGCAAUCAGUAUCUGUAAUUUCCUUCACUUAGAUUCACCAGUUGUUAACAUUUUGCCACAUUUGUGUGUGUGCUAUUUUUCUUCAUGUUUUACUGAAUCACUUGAAAGUUACCUGAAUACUCCAGCAUGGAUUUCCUAAGAACAAGUGCAUUGCCCAAAAUAUCCACAGUAUAGUUCUCACUUUUGGGAAAUUUAAUGUUCAUAAUACUGUUAUUUAAUUAAUAUAUAGCCUAUAUUAAAAUUUUCUCAUUUUUCCCGUAGUGUCCCAUAGUUGAUAUUUUUAAAAUCCAGAUCGCGUUUUGUAUUAUGUGUCUUGUCGCUUUAAUCUCCUUUAUAGUUCCCCAGCCUUUUUUAAAAGUCUGUUUCUUUGCAUGUCUCAUAAAUUUUUGUUGAGAAUUGUACAUUUUCAGUAAUAACAUUGUAGCAACUCUGGAUUCUGACCCCUGUCAACCUCCAAGAUCAGUUGCUGUUUAUUUGUUUAGUGACUUGCCUAGAUUAAUUCUAUGAUCUCUUUUGUCUGUAGUGUAUGACCACUGAGGUCUGUGCUCAGUUGUUCUUUUCCUUAGUUUUUGGUUUUAUUUUUUUAAGUUUGGCUUCCUAGAAGUCACCUCUGGGUCAAGUAUAGUUUAAUGAUCACCAGUGAUAAAUAAGAAGUUGUGUUUAAACACCUUGGUCCAAUAAGGUAUCCUUUACUUGAAAUGUCUGUGUGUCUGUUGGGACCACAUUCAGAGAUCAGAUUUCAAGUUCAUACCCUCUGCUUGAGCGAAGGUCUGGGUGGACAGCUAGAGAUCUCUCUUCUCUCUCCUGAAUGUCUGUACAGCUUCCCAAAUUCCCAGGAAUAUGUGGGAGCUUAUCAAGGUCUACUAUGGCUGUCUCAUUCCUCAGGUCACCCAGUAAAAUUUCUGGCUGAUUUUAUGAUUGCCCCUACCAGUAUUGCACCUUCAGCUUCAGACAGCUGUGAUGUUGGCUUUCCUCCCCUCAGUUGUUCAGCAUUGAGAUGGCUAUUGUUUUAUGCAUGCAGUUUCGAGUCAGGCCAGCCCCCUUUGUCAUUUGAGCAGCUAUUUUCACAGCUUUCUCUGACUGCCCUGGUAGAAUUACUAUCCCAAGGACCUUGAUGGGCCAGGAUCUUUUGAGUACCCAGGUGAAUACUGCAGAAUCCCACUGUUUUUCUUGUAGUUUAUUGGUUUUUCUUGAAUAAUACUUUAAGUUUGUUGUAUGUCAUUUUCCAGAGCCCUGAAAUGGUUCUUUAGUGUUAUUUAUUUAAUUUAGAAAUUACCAUGUAGUCAGAUGGACUUUUUUCUUUUGGUUUACUGUUCUAUAAAUUUUUAAGACAUGUGUUGAUUGGUGUAACCCCUACCACCCUUGGGAAUACAGAGUUUAUGCUAUUCCUUUGUGAUGACACCCUUCCCCAACCCAUAAUCCCUGGCAACUGCUAAUUACUUUCCAUGACUAUAGUUUUGUCAUUUUGAGAAUGUC